AUGGGUUGGAUUCCAUGUUCUGGAAGUUCCAACACUAAGAAGAAGAUUAAGAAGAAAUUGGAUGAAGUGGAAGAUAUGCGUGAUGCGAUCAAAGCCAACCCAGGGAAGUUAAAGAAGAAUUCAUCUGUGAGUUCCAGAAGUUCCUCUAAAAAUGGAGACUCUGAACACAUUGCUGCACAAACGUUCCCUUUCCGUGAGUUAGCAGCUGCUACUAGAAAUUUUAGAGCAGAAUGUCUUUUGGGCGAGGGAGGCUUUGGCAGAGUCUACAAAGGGCAUUUGGAAUCUGUUAAUCAGACUGUUGCAAUUAAGCAACUUGACCGAAACGGGCUACAAGGAAAUAGAGAAUUCCUUGUUGAAGUGUUGAUGUUAAGUCUUCUUCACCACCCUAACCUUGUCAACCUGAUUGGUUAUUGUGCUGAUGGAGAUCAAAGGCUUCUAGUUUAUGAAUAUAUGCCAUUAGGAUCCUUGGAAGACCACUUAUAUGAUGUUUCUCUUGGCAAGAAACGACUUGACUGGAAUACGAGAAUGAAAAUAGCUGCCGGCGCAGCAAAAGGGUUGGAAUAUCUACAUGAUAAAGCUAACCCUCCCGUCAUAUACCGAGAUUUAAAGUGCUCCAACAUUUUGCUUGGUGAAGGGUAUCAUCCUAAGUUAUCUGAUUUUGGUUUGGCUAAAGUUGGCCCGGUGGGGGAAAACACGCAUGUAUCAACAAGGGUUAUGGGAACUUACGGAUAUUGUGCUCCGGAGUAUGCAAUGACGGGUCAACUGACUCUGAAAUCAGAUGUUUAUAGUUUUGGUGUCGUUCUUCUAGAAAUCAUAACCGGAAGGAAAGCAAUCGACAAUUCAAAAUGUGCUGCAGAGCAGAAUCUUGUUGCAUGGGCCAGACCUUUGUUUAAAGAUCGAAGAAAAUUCACGCAAAUGGCUGAUCCAAUGCUCCAAGGUCAGUAUCCUUCAAGAGGGAUAUACCAAGCGCUCGCUGUAGCAGCAAUGUGUGUUCAGGAGCAGGCGAAUAUGCGUCCAGUUAUAGCUGAUGUUGUGACAGCUUUGAGCUACCUUGCUUCCCAAAACUUUCAGCCGAAUACGCAGACGGUACAAAGCUCUCGCCUCGGUUCCGGUACUCCUCCUCGAAGCAGGAGGGGAGUUUGA